UUUACCUCAGAAAUACGGCACUGAAGUUACAAAAUGUGUCUUGGAAACUUCUGGAAAUCAGAGGUCAGUUUGAUUUUGUCGCUAAGCAACGAGUCAACAAAAAACAACAGGCUGAAGGCAGAGGCAACAUGUCGUCCAGUUACUCGGCAAACCAGUAUGAGAGCGCCUUCAGGUCUCAGAAGCUGCAGAACUGGUGUGAGACGAAGCGGUUCAAAGAGAGACCUACUGCACAGGAGGGACACACCACCUUCAUAGCCGAUGAUAGAGGACACCUGCUGCCAGGUUUGUGAAGGUGAGAGCACAUCUUACCUGUCUUUCUUCAGAGGUCAGAGUUCACUGGAGGGCAUUUCAUUUGUAUAAACAAACAUGAAUAUAUUUACACUUCUGGAGGCAGUGCGUGGCCGGACUUUAAGGGGACCUGGGAUCUACCUCCUCGUAUCCCGGCCCGACAUGUCAACCCCACGGGCCGCUCCGAGGAGGGUCUGAGAAGGCUGAGGUCCUGGGGGUUCGACCCCCAACACACAGGGAGGUCUCAGACACACACAAGCAGCAGGACCUCAGACGCAGGGGAGCAGAGGGAUAACAGUGUUCACCCUCCAUCAUCUGCAGCUAAAGCUCGACCGGCGUCUCAGAGCUGCCCCGUUACUGGAGGAAGCCAGAAACAGGACUGUGAGAGAGCUGAGAGUCGACCCGCUGAAGCUGCAGAGGAGAAACCAGCUGUGAGGUCUGCAGUGGAGGAGAAACCAGCGGUGAGGUCUGCAGCGGAGGAGAAACCAGCGGUGAGGUCUGCAGUGGAGGAGAAACCAGCGGUGAGGUCUGCAGCGGAGGAGAAACCAGCUGUGAGGUCUGCAGCGGAGGAGAAACCAGCUGUGAGGUCUGCAGCCUCACAGAGAAGCAGCAGCAGAGCCCACAGUGUCACAGGGAGAGGAGGGAGUGAUGCGGCACAGAAAGUAGUCCCCACAGGAACACCAUCGUCUUCCAAACAGAGACAGAUGCACAUAAUGACCAAUAAUCUUUAAACUCAUCUCUUGGAGAGUCUCUUUGUGCAGUUUGGACUCAUCAUAACAUCACUGAUUGUUUUGCAGUAGUUUGAAGUUAUGAAUCAAUAGUGUAUGAAUAUCUUAUAAAUAAGAUGACUGAUUUUAAACAUUAUCCUCCUUCCUCCUCCUGAGUGUCCUGUUUUAUGAUGCGUCUCCAUGGUGACACUCAGAGUAUGAGCUGCUAAAGAAUAAACCAUUGUUCACUCUUCUCUGAAACACAAAGCGGGAUGUUGUUGUCUCACAUUAGGCAGCAGCUUCAGUUUAACGUUUUUUCAGCUUGAGUUGACCUGCCGACAUUUUGCGGCUAACUGUAGAUAACAGAAGAAGUGUUGACGGGAACUCUGAGGCGUGCUCUCAAGAACACGUAUGGGUUCAGAUUAACAGACUGAGUCUGUCUGACAGUGAUAAGGAAAUAAACAACAAGAAGAUCCUCUCUGUUAUAAACCACAAGUCACACCUCAGCUGUUAAAAACACAAUGGACAACACAAGCAAACACGACAAGUAUGUGUGUCAAACUGUCAGCCUGUAUCCAUUUCCUCUGCUGUGGAGCAACAUUUGUAAUACCUCACGAGUCCAUUCUUGUUAAAAAACUUUACUUCGGGGUCAAAGUUAUAAAAUCUUUCUUUGCUUUAAAAGGU